CCGGGUUUGGUUGCCAUGGCCACGGUUGGGAGGCAGCGCCGGGAGGGAAGGGGCGCGGAGCCCCCCCAUCCUCUGCGGGGCUCGGGGCAGAACAAACAGCCCGUUCGUCCUCCUGGGAGAGCCAUGGCACCACCUGUUUAAAUGCUUUCCGAGCGUGUCUCGUCCUUAGAAUCCAUCCCCUGCUCCAGGAGGCUUUAAAGGGGCAUCCCCACACCCAGAGCACCACACCAUGAACGGCUACUUGAACGAGUCCAAUUUCCUGCUGGUGGAGGAGGGCUUCACCACCAGAGACCUCCUGGAGAACCUCCUGGGGGAGCAGUGCCAGGAGAGCCAGCAGCAGGCCUUCUUCGUGGCAGACCUCGGGGACAUUGUGAAGAAGCACCUGCGUUUCCUGAAGGCCUUGCCCCGGGUGAAGCCCUAUUUCCCAGUCAAAUGCAACGGCAGCGAGGGGGUGAUCAGGCUGCUGGCAGAGCUGGGGGCAGGGUUUGCCUGUGCCAACAAGGCAGAGAUCAGCCGGGUUCAGGGCAUUGGGGUCCCAGCAGACAGGAUCUUCUUCAGCAGCCCCUGCAAGCAGGUGGCCCACAUCAGGCACGCAGCCACGCGCGGGGUCCGGCUGAUGGCCUUUGACAACGAGGUGGAGCUGAGCAAGGUGGCCAGGAGCCACCCCCGGGCCAGGAUGCUGCUGGGGAUCUCUGCUGACCCCAUCCCCGCUGCCCAGCCGAGCAUGGCCUUUGGGAGCACGCUGCAAUGCUGCCGUCAGCUGCUGGAGACAGCCAAGGACCAGGCUGUGGAGGUUGUGGGCAUCAGCUUCCACCUGGGGAGCCGUGGGCUGGAGCCCCAGGCCUGGCCCCAGGCCGUGGCCACAGCACAGCUGGUGUGUGACAUGGGCACGGAGCUGGGGCACCACAUGCACCUCCUGGACAUCGGGGGGGGGUUCCCUGCCACCGAGGACGCCAGAGCCCCGCUGGAAGAGAUUGCUGCUGGGAUAAACUCUGCCCUGGAUUUGUACUUCCCCGAGGGCAGUGGGGUGGACAUUAUUGCCAGGCCUGGGCGUUACUACGUCACCUCUGCCUUCACCUUGGCUGUCAGCAUCACUGCCCUGGAGGAGAUCCCGGUGGAGCAGCCUGGCUCUGACGAGGAAGAGUGUGACAAGAAGAGCCUGGUCUAUCACCUCAGCGAUGGCAUCUACGGGGCCUUCAGCUGCCUCCUGUUCGACAGCCCCUGCCCCCGGCCCCAGCUGCCCAAGAGAGCCUGCCCCGAGCAGCCGUGGCACAGCAGCAGCCUGCGGGGGCCCGGCGAGGACGGCAUCGCCGAGGGGCUGCGGCUGCCCCGGCUGCGCGUGGGGGACUGGCUGCUCUUCGGGGACAUGGGGGCCUACAGCCUGCCCGCCGCUGCUCCCCGGGCACGCGUCACCUGCGCCAUGUCCCGCCUGGCCUGGAAAGCCAUCCAGCUCUUCCAGGGAAAGGCACCCCAGGCAGAAGAGGACCGUGAGAGCCUCUGCACGCCCCUGUCCUGCGGCUGGGAGAUGGCAGAGACACUUUGUGUCACCCCUGUCUUCGCUCCAGCUGGCAUCAUCUGAGCAGCUCCGGGCCAGGAGCCGCGGUGGGAAAGGUCCCGUGCUGGUACUGGCAGGGGAAAUGUCCCAGAGUGGUGUUGGGGUGGGGAAAACCCCAUGCAGAACCAGGGAAAAUGUCCCAGAGUGGUGUUGGGGUGGGGAAACCCCCAUGCAGAACCAGGGGAAAUGUCCCAAAGUGGUGUUGGGGUGGGAAAAAUCCCAUGCAGAACCAGGGGAAAUGUCCCAUAAUGUUUUGGGGUGGGAAAAUCCCAUGGCAGCAGCAGGGGAAAU